GCGGCUUCCGGCGGGAGGAUGCGUGCGGCGGCCCGGUGCCGCUAGGCCGCCGGCACGGAGGGCGCGGGGCACUGCCCGUUAACGGCAGCGCGGGGCUGAGGGCACCCGGCGCGGGAGGCCGGUCACCGGUGGCUGCCGCCGCCGCGCCCCUCCCGCUAACGCGGGGCGUCCGUCAUGCAGAAGAUGUUGAUGUACUUGUGGGGCUUCCUGUACAACAACUACCUGCGGUUCUGGCUGAAGUGGCUCCUGAGGCUGCUGACUCAGAAAUGCGAACUGCAGCGGGUCUUAGAGGGCUCCAAGGCGGGUGCGCGGCGGACGCUGAGCAUAGAACAUUCACUGGAGUCAUCGAAGAAUAAGAUUUUGAGAAAUGCUGUGCAUGUUGAAGAAGCCGAAGUGGAGAAGUGUGUCAGAGAUUUAAUGAAAGAAAAGAAAAUCAAACAGAAGGAUACAGGGUUUAAGACAGAUCUGCGUAUAUCCUUACUGCAGAUAUCAGGUUAUAAAAAACUUUACUUGAAUGUGGAAGAUCUGAGGAAGAUCCCAUAUGAUUCAGAUAAUGAAGAGCAUGAAGACCAGUUAAUUGAGCUUUGGAAUUUGCUGAUGCCUCAUGAGAAUCUGAAGGCCAGAAUCACCAAGCAGUGGUGUGACAUUGGCUUCCAAGGUGAUGACCCCAAAACAGACUUCAGAGGAAUGGGACUGCUGGGGUUAAUGAAUCUGGUGUAUUUCAGUAAGCGUUACACAGAGGAAGCUCGUCAGAUCCUUUCUCAUUCACAUCACCCAAAGUUGGGAUAUUCUUAUGCAAUAGUUGGAAUCAACCUGACAGAAAUGGCAUACAGCUUACUUAAGAACGGUGCUUUAAAGUCUCAUCUGUACAACAUGGUCUUUGGAUUGCCGCAAAUGGAGCACUUCCAUCAGUUUUACUGUUACCUGGUUUAUGAGUUUGACAAAUUCUGGUUUGAAGAAGAACCAGAAAGCAUUAUGCACUUCAACCACUACAGAGAGAAAUUCCAUGAAAAAAUUAAGGGACUUCUCCUGGAUUGUAAUGUGAUACUGACCUUAGGAGAUACAAAGAAACCUUAACUCCUCUGCAGUCUAUGAGGUUCUGCAUCAAAAAUGGAGUUAUGCAUUUGGAUAAAGUCUUGCAUGUUCCACCAAAAACUGUUUAAUAAUAGAACCUUUUUACUGUCUUUUUUUUUUACGUCUAAGAAGAUAAUCAAAAGUGAGUUCAGAAAGCUUGGACAAUCAGCCUCUGUUUACAGGUCUUUAUAUGCUAUUCUCCAAAGGACAGCUUUUUAAAAAAACAAAAUGCAGAACAAAAACCAACCAACAAGCCAAGACAAAAAAUAACCCUCUAAUCUCAAGAGCCUCUGGAGCAUUUGCUUUCACAAUUUCUAUUAUACUUCUUGGUGCAGGGACAUGAAGCAGGUAUUUAUGCUGCAUCGUGUUUUCCAUUAACAAAUUUGACUGUUAAAUUGUCUUUUAAAAACUUCUUUUAGUUGAAAUUACUCUGGUUUUAAAUUUUGUUUUCUAGUUCUUAAAUGUAGUUGAUGGUUCACUCAUCAAUGUUAAAAUUCCCUGUAAAGGAGAUGUCCAUGAAGGGGAUGUUUUAGUCACUUAUGAUUCUGGAGAACAGCCUUAAUCCAUCAACAUACUGACAUACUUAGGAGAAAUUACUUCUGGCUAAGGAAGUUUUCUUAUCUACGGCUUUGUACCAGCAAAUUCCUAUGCUUGGAAAAAGCUUAGUUUGCAAACAAACAAAAAGAACCACAAAUCAUCAGUGUGAGGAUCAGAUCCUCUGCCUAAAGCUACUCCUUCUAAAAAUAUUCGUACUGUAAAACAUUUCAAUUCUUUCUAACCUGACUGCUGCUCAGGCUGCUUGACUCUCCAUUUGUUGUCAGCUGUCCCUUUAGCAGCUAAUGGGGUCUUCUCAGUGGGAAAUAAAAGAGUUAGUUUAGCCCUUUUAUAUAGUUCACUCAUUAAAAACCUUUGUUGCAGCUGCAGUCCCUAUUUUGUGAGAAUAAACCCACACGAAGUACAAGUCUCUAACAAAGAUGUCUUUUCCAUGGAAGGGAUGCAACUGUUACAUGUUUCUCAAUCUUGGCACCCUCAGACAAUCUAGUCAAUAGGACUUCAUAUCUAUAGUGUGACUAAUGGUUGCUUAAAGCAACUAUAAACACAUUUGGUAUGAUCAUCACUUCAUUUUUUAAAAACCUACUAUUAAAUAUAAGUGCCUUCUGCUUUAUUCAGUCAGUGUUUUAUUUUGAUUCUGUAACCAGAUCAUAGCCUUAGAAACUUGAUUUAUUUGGGAAAGACUCUUUAAGUAUAUACCUAAAUAGCACACAGUGGCACAAAAUAUUUGUAUGCUAAUAUAAGCUUUCAUGCCUUUGUUUUUUUUUUAAUCAUCUCAGGUAAAUCAGUUAACUUUUAGUCAGUGACUAAUCAUGAAGAGAUUCCUGAACAAUAUAAAUAUUGAACACAAGGAAAAAGACAAACCUGUUUUUGUAAUGAGUAUUGUUACACUACAUAAGUAUUAAAUGUAUUAUAAUAUGUAAUACUACACCUGCUUGGAGAUAAUCAAACCCCAACUGGGCAUGGCUCUGAGCAGCCUGAUUUAGGUGACUGCUCUGGGCAGGGGGUUGGCCUAGGUGAUCUCCAGAGCUGCUUUCCCACCUCUGUAAUUCGGUGAGUCUAUUGAAUAACUUCUUGCACUGCAUCUACCCAGUUGCUUUUGGUUCCUUAAAUGUUGGUAGUCUCUUAUUCGUGGGAAGGCUCCUGAUCAGGGUAGCCAGUAUAGAUGUAGAAAGUAACACAGGUCUGUUUUCAUUUUAGGAUACCUUCGAUAUAGAUGAGAGUUAAACAAUUCUCGGUUUUAACAUGUGCAGGAUGGAGAAGUGUUUCUCUCAUCUAUGUUGGGUCGAGGCUAUUCUACUGAAAAAUAAAAGAUAAUGUGAAGACGCUUGUAGGGAGAAUGUUAAUGGUUAUGCCAUGGCUUGGAAGCUGAACAGCUAAACUGACUGAUUAGGUAACAAAACUGACAACAGGAAACCAAGUUCUUUUGCUACUCCCAGGUAUUUGAGUCCUGUAAUUAUCACCACUAACAAAGCUGGAUCCCAUAGUGAGUGUUCUGGGAUUCAGGUCUUGCAAUGGAGCUGUUUUUCCUGACCCUUAUAGAUACUGUCCAUUCCUAAAACCUGAGGAAGGAGGUGGAAAGUGGACUCUUUUCCAGUGGCUGAGAGGUUAGUUGUCUGUUACUUUCUAGCCCCAGCUUCUGUCAUGUUUGUCUUUGUUAAUAAUUUUUGCUAUUGCUUGCAGAUCUGCUUUGCAAACAACGUAAGACUAACUUUUGGAAUUUCAGAAGUGACCCCAAUAUGUUUAGCAGCAGGAGGAGGAAAAGAGAGCUCGUUCUUGGUUUUUAUCUACUGCUUGCUAGAAAGUACUGAAAUUGCUUGAGCCAUCCUCUAAAGCACUCCCCUGCAUCAGAGUCUGCAAGCUUUUGAUUUUUUGUUAUUGCAACAGUUGCUAAUUAACUUACAUCCUCCUCUUUCCAGCCUUGGAGCUUUCACUCGGCUCCUGGUUCGCUGGGAGGCUGACAUUUAACUACUGCCAAGGCUUUUAAUGCCCAACUAUCAAGCUUCACAUUUCCUAUCACACACCUAGGACCUUUUAGUGUAGAAUGUAGGCUGAGCCUGAUGAGAUGCAUCUACUGUGGCAGUACACAAGGAAAAAAAGUAAACCCAGCCCUCAUCAGAUGAGAUAUAUGGGAAUGCAUUAGUUUGCAUGUAGUGAUUAAGGUGAACACUCUGUUAGGCUCCAAUACACCUUCCCAGUGAACAGGCAGAAUAUGCAUGUAGUUUUGUAUGCUCAGGUAGCUCAGGCCUCGUGUCUAGGAGUCACUAUCUGUAGACUAGUAAUGGGUGUCCUUGUUUGCACCAAGUCAUAGGAUAAUUGUAUUAUGGUUGUAGCUAGAAAAUAUAUGGGAAAAAGUAAAAUUGUGUUUAGGGAAUAGCAAUGUUUUACUAGUCAGCAUUUUAUACUAACUGUUGUAGGGCAACAGUCCUAAGGUUAUGGUACUGGAGGUAGGCCACCUUUCUGCAAGUUGAUAUAAUCAAUUUGUCUAGAUAAUGAAUUUGUCUAACAGCAGAAUUUGUUGCUUGUGGUUUUAGUCUAAGAGUCUUAAAACCUUGCUAAAAUCUUUUGUUAUUUAUUAACUGUCAUGUUUUAAAGUAUGUAUUAUCUUAUUAGAAUUUGCAGGUACUAUUAGUUUUCUACUUGCUGCCUCUUGAAAGCAUUCACAAUGUGAAAGCUUAUAUGCAAUAAUAAUUUUAAUAAGAAAACCCAACAAAACUGAAGACAACGAGGUGGUUCUCAAAGUAUUUUGUUGUUACUGCAGGAGCAACUGUUUCACAGACUACCUCCACUUAUGUUAUUUAGUGUAUGCUUGAAAUGUGGUGCCAUUCCGUGAAAAAUUAACCUGAAGUAGAAGUUUACCACAAGCAAAGUAAAAUCUAGUCUUUUAGUAAGUAAAUAUCGCUUCAUAAGGAAGAGACUUGUUUGGAAAGCAGUGCUAUUUAGGAAGGAAGGAACCGAGGAAGUUUUUAAAGUGGUUAUGCUUCUGUCAUUUGAUAGAGCUGCAGAAAGAAUAGGGCACUAUGUCCUAAAGGACUGUAGAAAUGGGGCCAAUUUAAGCACCUCAGCUAUAUAGUUUUGGAUUUUCACUCUUUGAAAAACAAAACAUUAAACACAUACACAAAGCACCAAGCAUUUCCAGAUUAUCCAUCCUAGCUUAAAUAAUGACAGACAUUUUACACAACCAGAUCAGAUAACCUUGGUUUUAAGAGUUACCGUGAUGAAAAAGUUUGUAUUUAGUUAGGUGUGAGUUCAGCAGUCAGUAUUCUUGGAAAUACUGCUAGUGAGUUUGUGGUAGAUGUAACAUGUUGUUCCUUUCUGUCAUCCUUGGUUUGUGUUGCUGCUAUACACUGGUGAUCACUCUUCGGGCUGAUGUUUCUUGUGCCAGUCUAGAUAACUGUCUUUGUCUAGGGGAGAACAAACAAAAGCCAGCCCAAGAACAGGUUGUGGGCAGUUUCCUCUUCUCACACUGUGCUUAGAUAGCUGCGUACUAAUAGAAAUUUCUGUUUACCACAGUAUAAAAGCAAUAAUGUAAACUGUGAUGUCUGUGUAAUAGAAAGAUGUUUACAAUGGUAGCAAAUAAAGAACAAGUUACUCCAAAA